AUGACAGGGAACGAUGACACUUCCGGUAAGCUUCAAGGGAACCCGAAGUUACAUAAGCCAGGAAUGCCGUUACGCACCAAUGUGAAUGAGGGCGUCAUCGUGAUGAUGGACACUGUGUUGGAGAACAACACCUUCUCAUUCAACGACGAACACUUUAUACAGACGGAAGGGACGGCAUUUGGCUCACGCCUCGGGCUGAACUAUGCAUCAACCUACAUGGGUGCUUGGGAAGAGGAACUUUUCCGGCAAUCAGAAAAGCAACCAAUCGCACACUUCCGGUUUGUGGAUGAUGUGUGGGGCUUAUGGACGCAUGAGGAGGUUGCCUACCGAAAGCACAGGCAGGCGGUAAAAACACAGCUCGUGAACCGUGGAUAUGACGGGGCGUUUGUAGAGACCGAAUUGAUAAAGGUCAAGCUGGUUCGAGAAUACGACAUGGAUAAGGGGUUGUCUGGCACUGCCACCUGUAACAUAACUGCACGUGACACCGGCGGUUUUACAGAUACAAAGUCAUUUACACUCACGGUGAAGAAAAUAAACGACAUCGCACCAGAGUUUCCCCACAAGAACUACGUCUUUUUCCAAAAACCGUCGGAUACGUUUUUCACGCUGAUCGCAAACAUGUCGGGAUCGGAUGCCGACGUUGUUGAUACGCCGACCGUUCUGACCUAUAGGUUUGGUCCCACCCCCACCAGUACCAUCGCUUCAACGGAGUCCCAUUUUCAGAUUGAUGAAGACGGAAUACUCUACAUACGUAACGUCUCUACGGUUCCUGACGGCUCGUAUAAGACGUUCGAGAUCAUCGUCUCCGACAAUGACGCUACGGCGCCUCUGGAAGGAACGUGUACAGUUACUGUGAUAUUUAGUGGGGUGGCGACAACAACAACAACGACGACCGAGAGGUACUAUGUCUUUUUGGACGACCAUGAGAAUUACUGGUGGAUGUUUCUGCUCGGCGCCCUCGUGUUUGCCGCCGUCGUCAUCAUCAUCUUCAUCGCCUGCAACGAUCCCAGGAUCUACGACUAUGUCGUUUACCAGAUGAACAGGUUUGCUCACUGGUGCCGUCGCAAGCCGAAGCCGAAGGCACCAAGGAGAACGGUUGGGAAGCUUACCGUUACGGUUAACAACAAGCGACUUGAGAACGACCCUGACAACGCGUUGCCAUGGGAGCUGCUCGCUAAAGAUGGUGACGUACCGGAACUAAAUCAAGUCCAGGCGGAUAUUCAGAAAAGAAAGGAGAAAAGGGACCGGGACUAUAAGAACUUCAAGGGGUUGCCCAUAUUCGAGAAGGGCAAAGGGCCUCGGCCUGACUCGGCCCAGUCUACGUCAUCAAUUUCCAGUGAUGUCACGAGGACAAGUGAGUCCCCGAAAUAUGCCACAUUUGUCAGCAAAGACGACAAUCUGGACGAGGGAGGUGAAGGUCAAUGGGGCAACCUGGAAGGAGCAACGGGAGGGAAAUAAGUGUCAUUGAGAGAUCGUUAAAGCCACACACCUUGAAAUGAAAUACAUGUUCAUCAAUACAUAUAGAUGCAAUUUGAAAGUGUGCAAAAUUGUCAUUAAAUCUAUGGCCCAGUUAGCAAGUAAUUUAUUAUUUUUCAAACGGUACCGCUUUUAAAACCGAAAGUAGGAUUUCCAUACGUAUACGUCCGUUUCGACAAACGCGAUUAUUUUUAAGUUUUAAGGUACAAAAAAGACGGAUCUCUACCUUGUAACCACCAUAUAAAUUCUUAUUGGCAUAGAUAAAAUAUGUUUCUUAUUUAUACUCAAAUUUACUAUGCCAAAUGAGUUGUGUGGCUUUAAAUAACCUCGUCUGCGCAUGUUUCGUAUUUGCAGACCUUUGUUUGGACAACAGAGCGUUCGUUUUAUACAUGUACAUUGAUCUUGCCAUGCCGUUAGCAAACCGUUUUGAAUACAGAGUAAGGCGAGUGUAAGUUAGUCGCAACAAACUAUGUUGAGGGAAUUGUUACUCUGUAUAAACCUUUUUACGUUUUUUCCUUUUCAUGUUUAAUUAGAUGUUUUGUUUAAAAACGCUGUUUGACACAUUUUAUAUUUUAUUUCGCACUUAAAAAGGACAUUGUUUUUUAGAUGGAAUUUAUUUAUUAAUAUAAAAAUGUUGGUUGUUGUUUUAUAUGUUGUUAUUAUAGAUGUGUUUU